AUGGCGGAAGGUGAUAAUAAAAUAAUACAAAGCGAAACAAACAAGAACAUGGAGGAUAGCGACGACUGUUCGGACGACAGCAAAAGGAAAAGAGAUCCGGAUGAUGCGACUCAAAGAUCAAAAAAUAGAAAACUCUCACAAAUACCAUCUAAAACAAAUAGUAAAGAACAAAAACUUGAUCUAUUAAUAGAGAUGGUGUCGGAGCUCAAAAAGCAGAGUGACAAAACCAGUGAAGAUAUAAAAAUGAUAAGAGAAGAAAAUAAGAUGUUGAGACAAGAAAAUCAAAAACUAAAAGAAGAAAAUAAAGAUAUAAAAGAGAAGCUAGAGGAAACAAAUGAUAGAAUUGAAUGGCUAGAGAGAGAGAAAAGGAAAAAUAAUAUAGUGAUGUCAGGAAUUGAAAUUGAGACAGAAAAUAAAACAGAACUUAAACAAUUCGUGGAGAACAUAAUAAAAAACACUAUACAGAUAAAUAUUAAUGUAAAAACAGCUCAUAAAAUAGGAAGAAAAGUAUGCUUAAUUGAAAUAAAUAAUGAAGACGAAAAAGAACAAAUCAUGAAAAACAAAUACAAAUUAAAAGAACUGCAGCAGGAAAAGGUAUAUAUAAAUCAUGACAUGACAACAAAGGAGCGUGAGAAGAACAAGCAAAUAAGAAAAAUGGCAAAAGAAGAAGAAUUAAAAGGAAAUAAGGUGAAAAUUGGAUACAAUAAAAUAAAUAAAUGGCGAGAUAUGGAAAUGGAAUAA